GAAUCUCCCGGCGAACGGUGGGUCGCGCGCUCCGGUUGCCCGUCUGCCGUCCUGCCGCUUGCUGCAAUGCGCAGUGCGUUCGCGAUCCCGAAAGUACACGGCGCUGCUGUGUCUACGGCUGCUGGAGGCUUCGCCGCCGCCGCCGCCGCCUGUGUGCAACGCGAAACCGAUUUCACUGCGCGCGGAGCAAGGGCGCGGAACUCCCCAUUUCGCUCACGUAUCUUCAGAAGACGCGGCGGCAUUCGCUGCUGCUGCUGCUGCUUGCUGGACGUCGUUUGCAGCGCCGCCCAGACGCUGGUACUACCGGUUCCCCACCGGGCUCGUCUCCUUCUUAACAGGAUCGCCGAGGCACACGCCCUCCUCGUGCGUAACCAGCGAGCAACGAGCCCGGCGUGUGCGUGUGUAGUGCGAGCGCCGACGCGUGUUAAGCGUUCGCCGGUGCGGCGACGAGACGGUCUUGACUGCUUGACCACGCCGACUCGCCAGGAUGUGGCUACGGGUGGCUGCGCUCAAGAGUCGCCUCAGCUCGCAGCGGAAAAGGAAAGGGUCGUCGCGCGUGGCAGAAAAAGCCGGCAUUCCGAUCCAAGGCUCUCCCGGAGUGUACAGGCGCCGGGAGUCAGCCGCCAUCGCUCUCUCGAAUAACCAUGUGCAGCGAGUUCGAGAUCAGGCCGCUAGGCGGGGAAGCAUCGUUCCCGAUCUUCUCGCUGUCAAAAUGGCGGAGGCGGGCUGUACGUCGAGUUCGUGGCCCAACCUGAAGGAGGAUUACGAGCUCGGUGAAGUCAUCGGCGUUGGUGCCACUGCUACAGUUCACACAGCGUACUGCAAGCCCAGGAAAGAAAGAUGUGCCAUCAAGCGCAUCAACCUGGAAAAAUGGAACACAAGCAUGGAGGAACUCCUGAAAGAGAUCCAAGCAAUGAGUGCCUGCCACCACGAAAAUGUGGUCACCUACUAUACUUCUUUCGUGGUGAAGGAAGAGCUCUGGCUUGUGAUAAAGCUCCUGUCUGGUGGCUCCUUGCUGGACAUCAUCAAACACAAGAUGAAAGCAGAAGACUGCAAGCAUGGCGUCUUUGACGAAGCCACCAUUGCGACAGUUCUCAAGGAGGUGCUCAAGGGUCUCGAAUACUUCCACAAUAAUGGCCAGAUCCACAGAGACAUCAAAGCUGGAAACAUUCUGCUUGGUGAGGAUGGUGCUGUCCAGAUUGCAGACUUUGGGGUGAGCUCGUGGCUUGCGACUGGCGGCGACCUGUCAAGGCAGAAGUCCAGGCACACGUUUGUCGGCACACCCUGCUGGAUGGCACCCGAAGUCAUGGAGCAAGUCACAGGGUACGACUUCAAGGCUGACAUUUGGAGCUUCGGGAUCACAGCCAUUGAGUUGGUAACGGGCACUGCACCUUACCACAAGUAUCCUCCCAUGAAGGUGCUGAUGCUGACGCUCCAAAAUGACCCGCCCACGUUGGAAAUAGUCGGGGAGGACAAGGACCAGUACAAAAACUAUGGCAAGUCAAUACGCAAGAUGAUUAGCGAGUGUCUGCAGAAAGAUCCCACCAAGAGGCCUACUGCGACAGAGUUGCUGAAGCACCAAUUCUUUAAGAAGGCAAAGGACAAAAAGUACCUGAUGCAGACACUGUUGACAUGUGCUCCCACAAUAGAGGUUCGAGCCCAGAAGCAAUCUUCACCAAAGGUGGCAAGUUCUGGUCGGGUUGGUAAGAAACUUAAAAACUGUAGACGGGUUCCUGGCACCAGUGGCCGGCUGCACCGGACAGAGACGGGCGACUGGGUCUGGUCAGAUGGAGAGGAUGACGAAGACUCUCCUGAUGAGAGGGUGCGUCUUCUUGACCUGGCAGCACGAGAUGAGGCCAUCCUGAAAGCCAACCAGUCGACGAGUUCGUCGGACAGCGCCAUCGACAAUGCCCUGCCGGCUGACCAUGAGACGACCACCUCCGGAACCUCCUCUGGCUCCACGUCGGGGGCACCUGCGCCAAGCAAUCUCAUUCCCACACAACCGCCACCACCAGUGCCCGAGUCCACAGCACACAAUGAUGCACCUCAACAGCAACCUCCUCAGCAGCCUUCUGCAGCCGUAAUCUCAACUUCGGAGACCAUCAACCUUGUCCUCAGGAUAAGGAAUCAAAGGAAAGAGCUUAAUGACAUCAGAUUUGAAUUCACACGUGACAAAGAUACUGCUGAUGGCAUUGCCUCGGAGCUUGUUGGAGCAGGCUUGGUUGAUGGGAAAGAUGUUGUUGUUGUGGCAGCCAACCUGCAGAAACUGAUUGACAACCAGAUCAUGAAGACGACCACAUUUGCCUUGAAACAGACACCUGAGGAGGCUGCCGUGGACACUCCAGAUGACAAGGCGCUCAUCGGUUUUGCUCAACUUUCAAUCGUAGACUAACCAGAGCAAGCGUUGAAAGUUGGCAGAAACCCCGCGCCCCGCCGCAGAGAAGAAAAAGCCAGCAGGCCCACGAACCACACCGCCUUACAAGAUUGGUCUUCAUCAGCGAGCGAGUGCGCAUCUGCUGCAAGCAACUGAUGCGGGGAGGAGCGGCAUCAGCAGCAAAGUGGAGCAAGAGCAGUACAGUGCGACACCACUGCUGCUUUCUUCUCUCAUAUUUUUGUAAAGUGUAAAUUUUUGGUCAUUGAAUGCAAGGAGAAGGCAGGUUUUGUAGAAGCAAGGGAGCCAGCCACGAUGCAAGAAGCCGCUGCUGACGACGUGGCAAGGAUGUGCGACUGCAAACCGUGCAUGCGGAUGGACGAGCACACCACUGCUUCUUCGUAACCUGCACUUUUUGUUUUUCUUUUUGUGUAAGGAGCCUUACUACCUUCCCAGCUCAAUUUUUUUUUUUUUUUUUUUUUUUUUUUUUUUGUGCCCGCAUACGUAGGCCAUGCCAUUCAUGCAAGUCUCCCCCCCCCCCCCUUCUUCUCAUUCUCUAGUGCCUCGCCAGUCAUUGCUUCCACACUUUGGGCCGGGCGAGGCAUGUUUGAUUAUGCAAGUGUGUACCAUAGUCUCGGGCAAGGGUGCUGCUUUCCCCCUCUCCCUCUAAGGGCGGUGUGGGAGUGCGGCAGGGGUCAGUUUAAUUUAUUCAGAGGCAGUCAUAGACAACAACAAUAAAGGCAGAUUUCAAAGAAAUCAA